CUCAAUGAGAGAUUAAUAACCUAGUCAUAGCAGAAAGUACUUUCUCAUGCCAAAAAAUAUGUUGACUUCAGGAAGUUACCGAUAGUUCGAAUUCAGUACAAAACCAUUUGUACGAAGGUUCGAAGUCUUGAUGUCCGUUGCACAACUGACGCACAAGUGUGAGAGUGAGUGACAGAUUCCACCGUGAGUCCUGGAGGUGGCGGACGCGGACCAAGACAGUGAGCUCGUAUGCUCGUGGAUGGGCGGUGCACAAAUCUAUCAGGCAGUGUUGUACAUGCGCACAUUUCCAGCUUGAGCGUUGAGCUUUUUGUUUCCGAGGCUUGAUACUCGGUGUAUCUGCUCACCAUCUAUUGUCUCGUAUUUUCGAUUCCCUGUUCCUGCAAGAACAGGGAAGCAUGCUGGAAGCCUGUUGAAGGAAGAGAAAGAAUAGAUGUCAAGAUUUCGACACAGAUAUCCUAUGUCAUCUAGGAAAGUCCGAACCGGCAAUGCCAAGGUGAUGAAGCGAAGAUCAGUCAGAAGCCAUCCUUUGGCAUUGAGGAGGGGAGAAGGUCCACCUUUUGUUCCUGCAGGAUGGAGUUGGAAAUUUGGUAGAAGGGCACUUGAUUAUGUCUAUACGUCACCGUCGGGCCUAGCAUUUCGAUCGAAGAAAAGUCUUCGAGUUUAUUUGUACAGUAUUUCACAAAUGGAAAAUGCACCAACUAUGGAGGACUUCAGUUGGGACUUCUCUUCAGCUGUAUGUGAUAAAAUCCUGGGCAUCGUUCCAUCCCAUCCUACAGAAUCUAGGUCAGAAUUCAGAAUUUCAUCUCGGAUGAUCAUGACGGAAGAUCAAAUUGCUUCAAGUUGUUCGAACGACGCUACUUCUCCGAUGGAAAGUUCUUCAAACUGGAAAAGCUGUCAGAGAAAUACGAGACAAGAUCAAAGCUUGAUGAAGUAUCGUACAGUCAAGUAUCAUCCAAUGUGGGCUGGUAAAGUGGUGGAGAUUGGUGAAGACUCUCCAUCAGAUAGUGAAUGAAUCUCCAGACCUAACAGAUUCCUACUCCAAGGCAAUCGACUCGGAACUAUCAAUAAGCAGACAAGUAUCAGUGGGGUCCCUGAAGGACACAUCCGAGAGGCGCUCUUUGAGGGCCACUGCCGGCCGGCGUCAACACAAGUGAUGCUAUCUGCAUGUGUCUUCAGAAUGACUCCAAGAAUUUUCUUUGGGCAAGAGGCCAUACUCUCAGGCUUGAACUCAGUACCUAACCUUUGAAUUAUGGCCGAAAGACACCUGGGUUUACAAACUAACCGACCAUGAGACAUGAGACCGCCACAUCAGCCUGGGCUCUUAGUCGGUCGGGUGCAAGCGCCGUCUUGUUAUAUAUAUCGGUUUGAGAUUUAGUAAGAUUGAGCAGAUUUUCCAGCACAUACUGAAUUGUUCCUGGGUGAAAAAGUUUGAGAUACUAUCUGGACUUUGCUUUCCAGCUGUGAUUCCCUCAUUUUUUAUGGGUCACACAAUCUGCUGCUUAGAACUUUAUCCAGAACUCUGGUUCCCGCAAGUUGUAAAUGUGUGUCGAGCCAGGAUAGUGUUCAGUGUUAACUAGCUGUGCCGACGUUUGUGCUUCAGCCACUCAUGGUGCAGGAUAACGAUUUUGAACCAGAAGCAACUUAGAUCUUCAAAAAAUCUAAAAUGUUAGAUUUCUUCUAGAAAGAGACGUAACGUAAUUCAUUUCUGUCACCAUAUAAAAUUAUAUUAUAAUUUUUAUAACAAAGAUUC